GUAGAAAACCCGUGGUGGAAACACUCCUAUAACAAAUUUCAAAUUAAAGAAAAAAUCAAAGGCCUGAAAAUUUCACACCCUCCAAGUUGCAUAUAUUAUCCUAAGCCUUUUCCAUAAUAAAACUGUUGGUCUAAGAGCAUUUCUUCCCUUAAACCUCCAUCACUUAACCCAUUUACAACCCAAGAAGAAGAUAAUGGCAUCAUUGCCCUCCAUAUUCGGAGCAGCCGCAAGCGCGAGAGUAGUCAGAGUGUCAGCAGCCAAAGGCACGGUAGAAACCAAGGAAGAAAAGAGCUUUGUGGACUGGCUUCUAGGCAAAGUAACAAAGGAAGAUCAAUUCUAUGAGACUGACCCAAUUCUUCAGAAGGUUGAGGAGAAAUCCGGUGGCACCACUAAUGGAAGGAAGGGCACGGUUUCAAUGAAGGGCACGGUAUCAGUGCAGAGCAAGAAGAAGACUAAUGGUAAUGGAGGUGUCUUUGGUGGUCUAUUUGCCAAGAAGGACUAGUUGAUCAUACAUCACACUCUUCACUUUUCAGUUUCCUGCAGUGUUUUAUUUAGUAUAUUAUUGGAUGAUUUGAGUUCUGUUAAUGUUUUAAUCCCAUUGUUAUCAUUCAAUCUUCAUUUACUACCCUGGGAUAUGCUUUAGAAUAUACUCGAAACGUAUAUAUAUCUGCCCUCUAUUGUUUCUUUUAUCA